UUCCUGAGCACUUGGACCACAAGACUGUCAGAGCUCUGGGCAGAAGAACACAGGUGGUCUUGGUCUUGGUCUUUGUUUGGGAAGUGGGAGGGUUGUUUCUUUCAAGAGUCAAACUUGUGUAAUAUGAGAUUCUUACACACCCAUAGCACAGGCACUGGUGUGGGCCUGCAAAUCAUUCCCGCCCUGAACAAAGUCCCUCCCUGAGCUAGGCCUGCAGCAGCAGUUGCACCUGAAACAGGAGGUGAGGCCCAGGCACCCCCAUUCUAAGAGGGAAACGAUGGCUUCAGAUAAAAUGUUAGCUGUGCACUUUGAUAAGCCUGGGGGACCAGAAAAUCUCUACAUAAAGGAGGUGCCCAAGCCGAGCCCUGGGGAGGGUGAAGUCCUCCUGAAGGUGGCUGCCAGUGCCCUGAACCGCGGGGACUUACUCCAGAGACAGGGCAAGUAUCCCCCACCCCCAGGAGCCAGCAGUAUUUUGGGACUUGAAGCAUCAGGACAUGUGUCAGAGUUGGGGCCUGGCUGCCAGGGGCACUGGAAGAUUGGGGACCCAGUCAUGGCUCUGCUGCCUGGUGGGGGCCAGGCUCAGUAUGUCACAGUCCCUGAAGGGCUCCUGAUGAACAUCCCAAAGGGACUGACCCUGCACCAGGCUGCUGCCAUCCCAGAGGUUUGGCUUACCGCCUUCCAGCUGUUACAUCUUUUGGGAGAUGUUCAGGCUGGAGACACUGUGCUAAUCCACGCAGGGGCAAGUGCUGUGGGUACAGCUGCCAUCCAACUCACCCGGAUGGCUGGCGCUAUUCCUCUGGUCACAGCUGGAUCCAAGCACAAGCUUCAAAUGGCAGAAAAGCUUGGAGCAGCUGCUGGAUUCAAUUACAAAGAACAGGAUUUUUCUGAAGCAACGCUGAAAUUCACCAAAGGUGCUGGAGUUAAUCUUAUUUUAGACUGCAUAGGCGGAUCCUACUGGGAGAAGAAUGUCAACUGCCUAGCUCUUGAUGGCCGCUGGAUUCUCUAUGGUCUAAUGGGAGAAGAAGAUGUCAGUGGGCCCCUGUUUUCAAAACUACUUUCUAAACGAGGAAGUCUGAUCACUAGUCUGUUGAGAAAUAGGAACAAGAAGUACAAGCAAAUGCUGGUGAAAACAUUCACAGAGCAAAUUCUGCCCCACUUCUCCAAGGAGAGACCUCAACCUCUGCUGCCGGUGGUGGACAGAGUGUACCCAGUGUCUGAAAUCCAAGCGGCCCAUGAGUACAUGGAAGCUAACAGGAACGUGGGCAAAAUCGUAGUGGACCUACCCCAGUGAAGAAAAGGGCGAUUCAAGGCACGGUCUCCCCGGGCUUUCCCAGAGUGCACUUGGGGAGGGUCCUCCAAGUCCUCCUCGUCAGUAGAUCUGUGUAAAGCUGGUCUAAGUAAAUAAAGAGUGGACCUGAA